CGGGUGAGGGGCGUGGUCUGGCGGGAGGGAGGGAAGGCCGCGGAGGGAGAAGAAAGGAGCGGGGCGGGCGCCUACGGUGGCCGGAGAGGGACGCGCCGGGCCGGAGGCUGCAGGAUGAUGCGAUUUAUGCUGCUGUUCAGCCGCCAGGGGAAACUGAGGCUGCAGAAAUGGUACCUGGCCACGUCGGACAAGGAGCGCAAGAAGAUGGUUCGAGAGCUGAUGCAGGUGGUUCUGGCUCGCAAACCCAAGAUGUGCAGCUUCCUGGAGUGGAGGGACCUCAAAGUGGUCUAUAAGAGGUAUGCCAGCCUCUACUUCUGCUGCGCCAUCGAGGGCCAAGACAACGAGCUCAUCACACUGGAGCUGAUCCACCGAUACGUGGAACUCCUGGACAAAUACUUUGGCAGCGUGUGCGAGCUGGACAUCAUUUUUAACUUCGAGAAGGCCUACUUCAUCCUGGAUGAGUUUCUGAUGGGGGGCGACGUGCAGGACACCUCUAAGAAGAGCGUGCUGAAGGCCAUUGAGCAGGCCGACCUUCUGCAGGAGGAGGAUGAAUCCCCCCGCAGUGUGUUGGAGGAGAUGGGUCUGGCCUAGCCCCCUGGCUCCGUGUGGAGUCAGGGAGGCCCCCAGCAGGAGUGGCCCCGUCCUGGAAGGGACCCUUUCCAGCACCCCGUCUUCCUCUGGAGUGAGCUGGGGACUCGCACCCUCGAAGUUGAUUCCCUCCCGCCACCCUGUCAUGUCCUCCUGCCCACCUGUCUGUGUCCAAGCUCAGGGGGAGGGAGAUGAGACCAAGAUGGGGGUGCCUUUGAGGAACUAGUUCCCCCCGCCCCACCCCGUCUGUAAAUAUAUAAAUAUGUCAGGUUCAAGGGGGUGGGUUUUCUGGGCCCUGCUUGCUGCCCCCCCACCCCUCCCACAGCCUGCCCUGGAGGGGCCCCCAUGGAGCUGGGGAGGCCUUCCCCCCAACCCCGAAGUACCCUCCCAAAGGGCCAGGGCUGGACCGAAUUAGUUUUUGUCUAACCUCUCCACUUGGAGGGGAGGGAGGGCUGGAGCCAAGUGGACAUGGGGGGGCUGGUCCCUGCCCCUUCACUCCCCGUAGGGCGAGGUGGGCACCUGGGGGGCAGGGUGGGAAGUGUCUACCCUGGUGUCUUUCCCUGUGAAAUAAAAGGAAAAGCAUUUCUGGA